AGUACCAUCACAAUGGCAUUGAACUCUUCCGACGAGAAGCUCAUCUUCGAGUCUUCCGAGGCAGUCACAGUCGCUCCUACUUUUGAAGCACUUAACCUCAAAGAAGACCUCUUGCGCGGAAUCUAUGCUUACAAUUUCGAGAAGCCCUCUGCUAUCCAGCAGCGUGCCAUUAUACCCAUCAUGCGGGGAAGAGAUGUCAUCGCUCAAGCUCAAUCAGGUACUGGUAAAACCGCUACGUUCUCCAUCGCUAUCCUUCAAUCGAUCGAUUCAAACAUUCGCGAGUCUCAGGCUUUGGUGUUAUCUCCUACGCGGGAAUUGGCUGUACAGAUCCAAACGGUUGUCCUCGCUUUGGGGGAUUAUAUGAACGUCUCAUGCCAUGCUUGUAUUGGAGGUACCAGUGUCGGCGAAGACAUACGAAAGCUCGAGGCUGGACAACAAGUCGUCAGUGGAACCCCUGGUCGGGUAUUCGACAUGAUUCGUCGUCGUAAUCUGCGCACCAAAGACAUCAAGAUGUUGAUUUUGGACGAAGCCGACGAGUUACUGAAUAAGGGAUUUAAAGAUCAAAUCUAUGACAUUUAUCGAUAUCUUCCUCCGGCCACUCAGGUCGUGGUCGUCUCGGCUACACUCCCACAUGAUGUUUUGGAGAUGACCACAAAGUUCAUGACUGAUCCUAUUCGAAUUCUCGUCAAACGUGAUGAGUUGACGCUUGAAGGAAUCAAGCAGUUCUUCGUGGCUGUCGAAAAGGAGGAGUGGAAGCUCGACACUCUCAUGGAUCUUUACGAUACUCUGACAAUCACACAAGCCGUCCUUUUCUGUAACACCAAGCGAAAAGUCGACUGGUUGACCGAGAAAAUGCGAGAAGCAAACUUCACUGUCAGCAGCAUGCACGGCGAUAUGGUACAAAAAGAGAGAGAUGCCAUCAUGGCAGAGUUCAGGAGUGGUCAGAGUCGCGUGCUCAUCACCACCGAUGUAUGGGCUAGGGGUAUCGACGUACAGCAGGUGUCACUAGUCAUCAACUAUGACCUGCCGUCGAACCGUGAGAACUACCUGCAUCGAAUAGGCCGAAGCGGUCGAUUCGGUCGCAAGGGUGUCGCGAUCAACUUUGUCACCACUGAGGAUGUCUCUAUAUUGCGAGACAUUGAACAGUUCUAUAGCACACAGAUAGAUGAAAUGCCGAUGAAUAUUACGGAUCUUGCUUGAUCUGUAGUGAGGAACCGAGGGUAUACUGUAAGACGAUGCAUCAAUACGAACCA